AAAUGCGACUAGACGUAUUUAAAAGUACCUUUGUUUCCUGAUAUAACAUAUUAGUUUGCAUAUGCAAAUCAUUAGUGGUCCAUAUUUUAAUUAAAAGACUUAAAAGAAACAUUUAUUGGAAAUUUUAUGUGAAUAUCACAGAUAAAUCGUAAACAGCUGAGAAAUUGCAUAUAAAACAUUUUUAUGAGCUUGUAACAAUAAAGAUAUUUACAUUUAUAUGCAUAGCAAUAAAAGAAAUUUUUGUAGUUAUUUAAGUGAUAUUUUGUGGAAAAUGUGUAUGGGAAUGCUUAGAAAUUACGCGACAAUUAAUUAAUUAAUUACGCGUUAAUUAAUUACCUAAUUAGUUGCUUGUGAAAUGUAAAAUAUUUGUUAAUUGCUGAGAAAAAGUAGUCGUUAUUGAGGUCGAUCGAUAUUUUUAUCCAAAGGCAAAGUUUUAGCAUAACUAAUUAACAUCGCGGCGCAAUACUAAAAAUUUGAAUUUAAACAAUUAGUGCUCCAACGGAUGUCAGUGACAAUUUUGCACUGACACAUUAGUUCUCUGACAUUCACCCUGACAUUCACUGAUAAGAAGUGAGAGGAGUAUGCAGCGUCUGUCGCCGAAAACAAAUUUUCAUCGUAAAAAACUUGAUCAAAAUAGUGCUUCAACAGUGAAGUGUGUGACAUCGACGGCAACAGUACGGUACAAAAUGACAGAGGAGAAGUAUCGCGGUGUAAGUUCCUUACUUGGUUGUGAAUAUGAUUCGGAGGUGGCAUCGGACGAGGAGCAUGGAAAUAUAUUUCACCGUGAACUCCUCCUACAUUUCUGCCUUCGGAUGCUUCAGCUUAACUGUGACAAUUUUUCUGUGGGCCUCAAAGCCACCGAAUAUCCAAAGUUCCACGACAUCGUCAUCGAGUGCGAAGUGGAACGUCGACGAUCAGUGUUUUUCCUGCACAUCGAGCACAGCACUAGAGGUGACUGCAUCACCAGGGAGCACCUCAACAGCAAUGUGGAAAAGCAUGAGGUGCCAGAGGACCAGGAAUUGUGGGCGAGAUUCAAUCUCGAUCAGUAUUUUAGUGCGGUGUGGGGGGAAAAAUUUUCGGAAUUGCGACAGGACUUCCGAAAUCAAAACGUUAAUAGGCAUUUUGUGCUGUUGACGAACCUCAGGGUUCAUUCUGAGGUGAAAACUGUGGAAUGUGAGAAUGAGAAGUAUGAUAAUCUGUUUGGGGAACUGUGUGACGAAGGGGCUCGUGUUGAGCUCCUGGACAAUCCUUUCAAUAUCUCGCCCAUAACGUCAAAAUUUUCACCAGAUCAGGUAGUGAGGUUCGAUCCGGGGUACUUUCGGAACAAUUUCAUCAUUGUAUCAAAUACCCCUAGUCUUAUGGAUCUGUCAAUUAUCAACUACGAGAUCCUGAUGAACCUCCUUUUCUCAUACAAAUCCAGAAUUUUGAUGAAGAUUCUUCGGGAGGAAUUUACCAAGGCUAUUGGGAUUAGGAAUAGUGUGACUAGAUGCGAAAGGAGAGCGCUUAUGAAGGAGGAUUUUGUGCGAAUACUCUCGGAAAGUCUUCUUAGUUCUGAUUUAUCAUACAUCUGUGAAAAUUUCACCAAAGAUCUCUCAAAAUGGGUUAAAUUCCAUACGAAUAUUCUUCAUGAACUAACUGAGAAACUUGAAGAUAAAAGGGUACUGAUCUACGAAGAGAACAAGAAACUGUCUUUUUUGAAGAUAUAUGAAGCUCUUAAGAUUAAAAUGCCAGGAAUUCUGCUAAUUCCAUCUUCCAAACUGAAAACAUCUCAUCGAAAUGCACUUGAGUACUAUGAGAAAAAAAUAAUACUCUUCAUUGAUGAUGAUGAAAACUUUGAAAAUCUUCUGAACAAUUACUCAAACAUAAUAUUUGUUAUUGGGAAGAAUACGAAUAUUGAAAUGAUUAUGGAAAAUUGUAUACUUCAAGUUCCUAAAUGUUCUUUCGAGGAGUUCACUGAGAGCACAAAAGAGGAGUUUUCUAAGCGGGAUAUGAAGCUCCAGGAGCACAUAAUCCGAUUAUCAGGCAUUCGAAAUACUGAAAAUAAGAUUUAUCAUCAUUUGCUCAAUGAUAUCUUCGAGAAGAUCAACAAGAACGAGGUAAUUGAGUUUGGCCGAAGGCUACCUAAAAACAGAAUACCCAAACCCUAUAUCCAGCGCUUCUUCUCUCUCAUCUACGAUAUGUUCAAAUUCGUGAAAUUUGAUACAGAUUUGAUGGGAAAUUUCAGUGAGACCGAUGUCUACCAAAACUUCCCGAAUUGCAUUAUCAAAGGUGAUCCGGGGGUAGGUAAAACUUCGGUUAUGCUCAAUAUUGCCAAGAACAUAAAGAAUCUCAAUCCACAUUUUUGGGUGGAAUACAUCGAUCUCAAGUGCUACCUGAGUAUCUUUUCUGAGAAACUAAAGUCGAUUUCAUCGCAAGAAUUCUCCCACAAUGAGGCCAAAUCGUUCCUGCUGCAACAUCUGAUCUCUCUAGGACCUUGUCCUGAAAUGGAUCGGAAUCUACUGGAACUCUAUCUAACGUAUGAAGAGAACCCAGUGAUAUAUCUCUUCAUAGAUAGUCUCAAUGAAAUUCCAUCAAUGUACGAGAAACUCGUUAUUAAUCUGAUAGAGAAGCUAAGCGAAAUGCGAAUACGUAUCUUUCUGGCGUGUCGUAAAAAUUGUAAGGAGAUCCUAUCUCCACUUAGAAAUUUUGUAGAGGCUGAGCUAACACCUUAUGAUUACGGUCAAAGGAAGCUCUUUUUACAAUUGUACUGGAGAACUAGUCUCGGUUUAGCAGAUGAAGAUAUGGAAGAGUUUAUUACUCAAUUUCCACCACGGUUCUAUGAAAAGUUCCUACCAGGAGUCACUAUCCUGGAAACACCGCUAUAUCUCAAAUAUAUAGCGGAUAUUUUUUCUCAAGACUGCGAGAAGUACUGUCAGAGUCGUCAACGAGGACUUUCAGGACAACUCCCUAGUUUCAAUAUGUGGCACAUCUUCACAGAUAUCCUGAAGAUGAGCGUUAAGGAAGAUGAAUUGAGAGAUGUAGUGAAGAUUUAUACAUCAAUAGCUGUGAGGGAAUUGGAAUAUGAAACCCUACUUCCAAUAAAUGAAGAUGUUGACAGAGAUCCUCAACUUUUAGGAAGGGGAAUUGUCACACGAACUGACGAUGGAAAAUUCAUUUUUGCCCAUCGAACCUUUGCGGAGUUUUUCGUGGCAAAUGCCCUGAUUGACGAAACUGAGAAUGCCAACCAAAGUGUGAUUAAAUAUUUGUCAGAAUUCAACUAUAGUCAUGCAAAAGCAAAGUUCAUCUACCAUUGUUUGAUCGGUAGGAUAGAAGCACAAGCAUACCGUUCACCUGAAAAAGAUAAACUCGGUACGUCUUUCGAGCAGUAUAUGGAGUUCUUUAAGGAUCUCCUAAAGUUUACAUGGAUGUACUACAUCGCCGACAUAUCGCCCAUCUACGAGUUUAUUGAGAAAAACUUUACUAAACAAGAAAUUCAAACGUUCAACAUCGAACAGUACUGGGAAUGCUACGUUUCAGGACUCCAAACGCUGACGCUUCCUCAGUUGAUGUUCCUUAUUGAGACUUUCGAUAAGUUCAACGAACCCGAGAUGGUGAAUUAUAUCUUGGUACAAAUCUUCAGGUACUUUGUCAGUCGGAAGACUGAGGAAAACGACAUACCGUUCCUGAACGAACUACACAACCAAAUGGUCAAACGAUCAACUCUUAGCGAAGAAGAAUUCUUCGUUCACUUCAAAGCUUGCAUGAAAGAAUGUGCCGAAGAUCGGAUCCUCAGACAGGAUUUGAUGUUCUGGUAUUUCACAAAGCGUAACAUCACACAAACAAUUAACAUAGCUAAUGUUCUGAAAAUGAAAUACGAAGAUAACUGGAAGCUAGAGAACUAUGACAUGCAUUUCAUAGCGUAUCUGUGUGAGUUUGAGAAGCGUGAGAAGAACUGCGAACGGUUCAUCCAUGAAUUUUACAGCUUAGUCGGUGAAAGUAACUUCUACCAGUUCAUCAGCAACUACGACGAUGUUGAGUUUACUCGUGACACCUUCCUCAGAAUCUCAGUGAAUGUGGUACUGAAGAAGGGCUGGAAGCUAAUUGACAUUGAGGGCAAUUCUGUAUUGUUUCAAUUUUGGAAAAAUCAGCAAACAUAUCUCUUCAGUGAAUUUAUCAAGUGUCUUCCACGUGACAAAAUUGAAGAAUUGACCGCAUGUCCAUGCUUCGGUGGUAAAUCUCUCAUUGAUUACUUCCAUUCAGACGACAACAAGUUCUAUGAAUUCGCUGCGUAUACGAAGUACGUCUGUGAAACCAUGGGUGAAAGUGAACUAUUGAAAUUUCUCACGCCCUGCAAGACUAGCACAAAUGUCCAGAAAUCCAUCUCGAAUGAUCUGAUAUUUCUGAGGGAGGUCUCACUUGAGGUUGGAGACGUUGGACGGAAAACUCUUCAAAAUCUCGUCUACGCUUUCUGCAGAGACAAAAUGACAUGGCAGGAGACAACAAAAACCAAAAUCAAGUUCCUAUUCGAGAUCGCUAGAUUCAUAUCCAAAUACAAGUUGGAAACGACGUUUGAUCUCAUCUUCACUUAUCUCAAUACGCACGAACCCUGCAACGAUGACAAGCACGAGAACUAUUUGCACGCUGAACUGGCAGAGAUUGAUGAUAGCGGCAACAAUCCACUACUGAUGGCUGGUCUCUGGGGGAAUCUUCAAUUCCUCCAGAGUCUCCUCAAACUCAUAACCCGCAAGAAAUUCAUCGAAAUAGCCAAACAACAAAAUUGCAACGGAAAGAACUUCUUCCAUUGCAUUGCCAACUUCAUUCUACCGUCUGUGAAGUACUCUGUAUACGAUGUGAUCCACAUAUUCCUCCUAGAGAGGAACAAUGGUAACAAUAGUACCCUAACAAAACUUCUGAUGCAACAAGAUUCUAAGGGUAAGACACCCUUCCACUCAGAUAUGCUCUUUUUCUGUGCAUUCAUCGACUUCAUCUCCGAAGAUGCACUGAGCGAUCUGUUUAAAAUUCAAGAUGAUAAUGGUGAAAAUAUCAUGCAUUACAUGGUGAGAGAUGACAAUUUGUUCCUAAUAUUUCAUAAGUAUCUGAAUUCCGCCAUUACCGAACCCAUGAAAUCUGCACUCAAGAUGAACAACGCCAAGGGUCAGACACCCUUCUAUCUCUUAAGUCGAGUGUAUGAAUCAUUUGUUCUUAAUACGAAAAAAGAAAAAAUGUAUAAGAAAUUUGAUAGAUUUUUGUAUGGAAAUUAAAUGAAGAAAAAAAAAAACAUUGAAGAUUAGAUGAAGAAAAAAACUGAAGACAAUUUUUAUGAAUUUAUUAGUAUUCAAACAAUGACGUUAAAGACAGUGGAAAAGAAAAGUAUUUGUGUAUUGUGAGUGAAUACAGUAAAUUUAUUUUAUAUGUGAAUGCAUUCAUUCAAAAAUAAUGUACGAAAAUUAUCAAAAUAAACGCUUACUCUAAAGUUCCUAUCAAUA